AUGCAUAAAAAUACAUCAAAAAAGAAGACACUCAAAGAAAUAGAGUUACUUUUAAAAGAUAUUCAGAAACAUAUUAAAAAUAAAAACUAUGACUAUGAAAAAUUGGCUCUUACAACAGAAUUUUUAAAAGAGGAAUGUGAAAAUUAUACUAUAUGGAAUUAUAGAAGGAAUAUUUUUAAAAAUGGGGUUCUGCUUCAUACAAAAUAUGAUAAAACUGCCAUACAAAACAUUAUUUUAAAAGAAUUGCAAUUUUUAAAUGAAUUGAUAAAGGAAUAUCCAAAAAUAUAUAAUAUUUGGUCUCAUAGAAGAUGGUGUUUUGAAAAUACACCAUUUCCUAUUUGGGAUCAAGAAAAGGCAUUUCUAGACCUUGUAUUAACCAAAGACAGUAAAAAUUUUCAUGCUUGGAACUAUCGACAAUAUAUAAUUUCCAUGCUUGAAAAACAAAAUAAAACUUCAUAUGUAAAGGAUGAAUUAGAUUAUACUACAACUGUUCUCAAAAAUGACUUCUCUAAUUUCAGCGCUUAUCACUAUAGAACAACAUUGAUACCUCGCUUUAUAAACGAAUUGUCUUAUGAUUAUUUGGAGAGAAAGCAUUUUUUUGAUGAAGAAUUAUUUUUAACUAAAUCUAUUAUUUAUACAUCUCCUGAUAAUUGCAGUAUAUGGACCUAUCAUAAUUGGCUAUUAAAUAGUAUAUGUAAAUUAAACGACUCCUUAUUAUUAGAUGAUGUUACAGUUAAACUAAAUUAUAUUAAUCAAGAAGUUAAAAUGAUAGAAGAUCUAAUGGAGUUAGAGCCAAACAAGAAAUGUAUGUCUAUAACAUGA